CUCACCAUCAACACGGCCAUCGUGUACAUGCACCGCUUCUAUAUGGUGCAGUCCUUCACCCAGUUCCACAGGAACUCGGUGGUACCAGCAGCUCUGUUCUUGGCAGCCAAGGUGGAGGAGCAGCCUCGUAAGCUGGAGCACGUAAUCAAGGUAGCACAUGCCUGUCUGCAUCCCCAGGAGACUGUUCUAGACACCAAGAGCGAGGCUUACCUGCAACAAGCCCAAGACCUGGUCAUUCUAGAGAGCAUAAUACUGCAGACCCUGGGUUUCGAGAUCACUAUUGACCACCCCCAUACCCACGUGGUGAAGUGCACCCAGCUAGUGCGAGCCAGCAAGGACUUGGCCCAAACUUCCUAUUUCAUGGCUACCAACAGCCUGCACCUGACCACCUUCAGCCUGCAGUACACCCCUCCCGUUGUGGCCUGCGUCUGUAUCCACCUGGCUUGUAAGUGGUCCAACUGGGAGAUCCCAGUCUCCACGGACGGGAAGCACUGGUGGGAAUACGUUGAUGGCACUGUAACUCUGGAGCUCUUAGAUGAACUGACUCAUGAAUUCCUGCAGAUCCUUGAGAAAACUCCCAACCGGCUUAAACGUAUUCGGAACUGGCGGGCCUCUCAAGCAGCCAAGAAGUCAAAGGCUGAUGACCACGGUGAAGACGAGAGCCUGUCGGAGCAGACGAUCCUCAACAUGAUUUCCAGGAACAAUAGUUCGGACAUGAACAUCGCUGGGUUAAUGAGCAUGUCAACGUCCUCGACCGCCGGAGCAGGGCCUUCUCUGCCGGCCACGGCGGACUCACCCAGCGACCAGAGCAGUGCGGAUAUGUCCCAGCCCGAGCGCUGGCUGUCCCAGCAUCCUCCACCCAAGCUGGAGGCUGGCCAGAGUCACAGGACUAACGAAAGCUCGUCGGCUGCUGAGCAUCCUUUACAGCAAGAUGGCGCUGGUUAUCAGAAGCAGAGUGGCAAGAACGCCCCUUCGGCCAAAGUGUCGCUCAAGGAGUACCGGGCCAAGCACGCCGAGGAGCUGGCGGCACAGAAGCGGCAGCUGGAGAACAUGGAGGCCAACGUGCGGUCUCAGUAUGCCUACGCUGCGCAGAAUCUCCUGGUCCAGCAGCAGCGGGAGAGGGAAGUCCAGCAGGACAACAACCCUUCUCCCAUCAUCCUGAAAAUUCCCAUUGGCGGCUCGGAGAAUCCCGAGCGCCCUCCCGGCCCUGACAAGAGUGACAAAGCCUCGGCUCUGAAGCUGCGGAUCCCGGUGGCAGGUGGAGGUGGGGAGAGGCCGCUCCCGUCCAAGCAGGAGGAGAUAAAAAUGCGGAUCAAGGUGCCGGCCGCUGGAGACAGGCACAGCUCCUCGGACGAGAGCAGCAGCAAGAACCGGGAGCACAAGGAGAAACACAAGGGCCACUCUUCCAACCACCACCACCACCACCACAACCACCACUCUCACAAACACUUGCACGCCCAGCUUGGCACCGGCCCCAGCAGCGUGGCGAACAAGCGGCCGGGAGACUCUAAACACAGCAGCCAGCCUAGCGCCGUGCCCCACAAAAGCUACGGUCCCCUCGCCUCUUCCCGCAAGAGGCCCCUGCCAGAGGAGGCGGCAGCCACGGCCGCAGCCCACGAGCACCAGCCCAAAGUCAGCAAAGGCUCCAAAGGCCCCGGCGUGCCCUUCCCCUACCCCCACCUCCCCGGGGCGGCCCACCUCCCGGGGCACGGCUCGGAUGCGGGCAACCUCCCCUUACCCCAGGCCAACAAAGCCCGGGGCACCCACAGCAAAUCGGACAAGGGUCCCACGGGGGCCAACGGGCACAACGCCAACCAGGCCAGUGACUACCAGGAUACGGUCAACAUGCUGCACUCGCUGUUGAGCGCGCAGGGCAUGCAGCCCACCCAGCCCCCUGCCUUUGAAUUCCACUCGUACGGCGACCUCUUGAACCCCCGGGCUUCCACCAGCUCCCGAGCUGACGCCAACACUUCCACCAGCUCCCGAGCUGCCGCCAACACGGACAAGCCCCGACCGCCCCCCCUGCCCUCAGAACCGCCCCCGCCGCUGCCCCCGCUCCCCAAGUAA